CCUUGUUUCCGUGAACGCGAGGGACGAACGAAACGGCGCGUCCCACGUAUUUGAUGCGUGCCCCGCGCGCACACGUACACGAACUGUUCUAUCGUAACAAGCACACAUACUUACGUUAACGCGUCCUCCUGUCCGCGCCUACCAAGCAGUCACGUUGCGAAUUGCGCUUGAUCCCAAACGAUCAUCAUCCUCCUCCUCCUCGUGUGAUAUCGUGUUUUGCUAUUUCGAACUAAUGUUGUUGUGAACGUGAAUUCACUUUGCUGAAAACUUUUGUGUAUAUGCUCGAGUGUUCUCGAACCCCUUUCCCCUCUAACUUCUUCGUCGAAAAUCAUUUUUCAUUUUGGCGGCAAUUUCGAACAUUAGCAUUUUUUUUUAUUAUUUAUUAGAAUAAAUAUUUUAAUGUCAAAAAUACGUGUAAGAUUAGUUUCAGGAAAAAAGGAAUGCAACAGUAAUGUAGUGAUGUGGCGGCGAGUGUUGGUAGUAUAGUUGUGUAGUGCUAUUAACGGAGUAGUAGUGUUAGGUAGUAGUGGUAGUGCAGUAGUGUAGUAGGACUGGUGUGUGAGAGAGAGAGUGAGAAUCGAAGAAAGAAGUUAGUAUUAAAUGUGCAGUCGAUGCAUGAGGUUGUUGUAAGGAGAUAUCUUGUAGAAAAAAAAAUAUAACAAUGCUACCUGCUCGAACUACUUGCAAGGAGCGCAUUGAAUAUAGCGCGUAAGAACACUUUCGAAAGUACUGAUCGGUUCGAGAAGGAUUAUUUAAUAAGAUUAAUAAUUAUUAUACGAAGAUGUUUGUUUCACUGUAAAAAAAAUUGAAGAGACGCAUUUUAAGGUUAGGUUUGUAAAAGAGAAAAAAAGGUGGCUCUGGGAAGGAAAUUUAGUUUUAUACAAAGUGCAAUAGAAGGAUUGUGAAAGUGGGGGGAGGAGAGGAAAGGGUAGAGCGCGCGUAGAAGCAGAGUGGACGACCAGCAACGGAAGAGGAAGGGGCGGUGGUGGAAGUGGCGGCGGGAACGGGAAGAGGAAGAGGUGGUGGAGGCGGCAGCAGUGCUGUUUCGUAGAGCCAGAGCACGUGUUGGCCGAGAAUUAGGUGGAGUCCCAUGUGCAAAGUGGGUGGAGGCUGCCGCAUCGUGAGGCUGCCUUCCGCGCGUUAUAUCGCAAGUACGUGAGCCUCAGUAAUAGUGAAGUGUGCAGACAGAAAAUAAAGUGGUUUUUCAUUAUUACAAUAACAACUUCUAUCGCGGGAGAAUGCUGAAAAAUGAAAUCCUAGCAUAAAAACUGUAGACGUCAAAUUGAUUUUCAAGUUUAUACCAAUUUACUUGGCUAAAGUAAAAAAUAAAUAUUUUCAUGAUGAAGCGCAGUGUUGAUGGAAGAGCUAUCACUCAAGAAGAGAUCGAUGACCAAGACCCUUUACAAUCGCAAGCUUCUCAACAUCAAGAUGAAGCCGAGCAGCAACAGUUGGAUCAACAACAGCAAACGGCUCAACCACAAAUUAGAUUUUUAAGUUCCAACAUGUUACAACAACUUCAGCAGCAACAACAAGAUAUUCAGCAGCAAGCGCAACAGCAACAACAGCAACCACAGGUUAUUACUCUACAACAACUGCAAAAUUUUGUGCCUUUACAAGCCCAACAACCGCAACAUGAUCAACAAAGGACGCAAACAAUUUCUGUACAAUCUUUGCCUCAGCAAUUUAUACAGGGUGCACAAAUACUUGGUACUCAAGCUCAAGCAGCGCUUCAGCAACAGCAACAGCAAGCACAGCAACAUCAGGCACAACAACAAACGACACAACCGCAGCAACAGCAACAGCAGCAACUUAGUUAUAAUGUGAUACCACAAAUGCAAGCUGUAAAUAUUGAAGGGGGAGAAACUAUAUUCCUUCCAUGUUCUGCGAUGUCGGGUGCUGCAGCUCAUCAUCAAACACAGCCUACAAUGCAAUUUGCUACUGCUAAUGGACAGCAAGUACAACUGGCCAGUCAACAAGUGCAAUUGGCUAAUGGCCAAACUAUUAUAACACCGCAACCUGUCAGUCUUAUAAGAGCACCUGGAGUAUUUCCUACUUCUAUCAUUCAAAACAUUGCUGGUCAAACAGUUCAAUUGCCUACAGGACAAAGUGUUCAAGUAAGACCAUUACAAUUUCCUAUGCAACAUGUUCAGCAAACUGUGCCUGUUCAAGUACCAGUCACUGCCAGUAAUGGACAGACUGUCUAUCAAACUGUGCAUUUUCCUGUUCAAGCUUUAUUAAGUGUCUUUAAUAUGCCAGCUACACAAAUGAUACCACAAAUUACACAACAAAUUCCUCAGAUGGCUCAGAUUAUUACACCAAACGGACAGAUUCAACAAGUUCAGAUUGCAAAUUUACCACAACUACAAAGUUUACAAAGUCAACAAGUAACGCAAAUGGCUCAACAAGUUGCUCAACAGCAAGCACAGCAGCAAGUGGUACAAUCAGUACAGCAGCAACAUGCAGUUCAAGCGCAAGUUCAACAGCAACAACAAGCUGCUGUACAAGCGCAAGUACAACAGCAACAACAACAGCAGCAGCAACAACAACAACAGCAACAACAACAACAAGUCGUACAAGUAAUACAGCAACAACAACAGCAACAACAGCAGCAACAACAACAACAACAGCAGCAGCAACAACAACAGCAGCAACAACAACAGCAACAACAACAGGUUCAACAAGUAUCAGUUCAACAGCAAUCAUCAGCACCAUCUUCUACAGUAGCAACGUGGAGUACAACUGUUACAACUCCAAGUAAUGUUCAGGUACUUGGUAUUGGUUCACUUGCAAGGCCUAUGCCAGGAAACAGCAGUGUAAUUACGACGAAGGAUGGCCAGAAAAUUGAUGUACAGACAUUAACUGCUUUAACAAGACCCCCUGAAACAAUUGAAGGUGAUAUAAAAUUGACAAAUAUAGACGCAAGUCAAUUGGCUAAUCAAAUUAUACAUAUUCCAACUGCACAAUCUGCGCAAACUACAGUUCAACCAAACACGAUAGCAGGUGCCCAAGGUCAACAGCUUACUCUAAUUCCUGCAUCUGCUCUAGCAAAUUUAACCGCUCAACAAGGAAAUAUGAUGAGAAGUGUUGGUAGCGGGAGUAUAAUGCAACUGCAACCAGCUGCUGGAAUGAAUACUACAAAUGGAUUUCUUCAGUCGAUACCUCUACAAAAUAUUCCAGGUUUAGGAAAUGUACAAGUAAUACCAGCAAGUGCGUUACAGCCUGCUACUGUACAAACUUUACCUACUGCUGCUGCAGCACCUAUUGUCGCUGCUCCAGCCUUACAAUUAGAAUCAAGUGAUCCAUCUAAGUGGCAAAUUCUACAAACAUUACAACCAAACGGAACGCUUACAACGUCAGCUCCUACAUCACAUCAGCAUCAAAUAACAACUGCAACCAAUGCUAGCGUAGAUACAGAUACUAAUAAGCAACAUCGAAAAAGGGUGGCUUGUACAUGUCCUAAUUGCGGUGAUGGUGAUAGAAAUAGGGACAUGACUCGAAAACGUCAGCACAUUUGUCACUAUGCUGGUUGUAAUAAAGUUUAUGGGAAAACAAGUCAUCUUCGGGCUCAUAUAAGAUGGCACACUGGGGAACGACCAUUUAUUUGUAAUUGGAUAUUUUGUGGAAAAAAAUUUACAAGAUCAGACGAAUUACAACGGCAUCGUAGGACGCAUACUGGAGAGAAACGAUUCCAGUGUCCUGAGUGCACGAAAAAGUUCAUGCGAUCAGAUCACCUGACAAAACAUAUUAAAACGCAUACAAAAAUUCGUAGUACGGAAGCUGCUACUUCCACCCAGGAAGGCUCCUCUGAAAGCCAAUCUUCCGCGGAAGAAAAAAUUAUAAUUGGUCUUCAUAAAACAGAGCCAGAACAAGGAGUGAUUAUUUUAUCAGAACCAAUAGAUGAAAUGAAAAAUGAUACGAUCAAGCAUAUUACAAACGAAUAACAUGUUAAUAAUGUCUUUUACAUUUGAAUUUCCUAAUGGAGCUUAAAAAAAAGUUACAUCAAAUGAACUUUCUAGUAUUUACAUAUGUAUAUAUUAAGUUUAUAGAUAUAACUUGUGUAUAUAAAUUAGCUGUCUAAGUUAUUGGGUUAUCUGGUAAGUUGGUUAUUACGAACUUUCUAGAUAACUCAAUAUAUUAACAAUAAUAGCUUGCACAGAUUAUCGAAGUUAUUUUCUCUAAAAAAAGAAGAAUUGUAAUUGAAAAAAGUUUUUACAGGAAUUGUAGUAAUUAAUAAGUUAUAUAAUCUAUUUUUUUAUUGGAAAAAAAAAAAAAUGUAAAUAUG